AUGAAGUUCUUACAUCUUACUGGCAUUAUUGUGCUGCUAAGUCAAGCAACAUCAAUUUCUGCUGCCACGCUACUCCCAAGGUCAUCGUCAUCUGGUACAAUGAGGCUAGCAAACCCAAUGGAUCAAGUCUAUCAAGCUUUCAGAAGAUAUGAAAAUAAUAGAGAGGAAGGGAAAUCUCCAGAUUCAAUAUCUAGAAUGAGAGCUAGUGCUUUGGGCUUCAAAUUCCUAAUUCCAUUUCAUAUGGAUCCAUCGUGGAAUAAGAAUUGUGAGAAGUCUUUGCUAGUUCAAGACAACAUAACAACUAAUUAA